ACUUCACAUUUCUCCGACAUAGCCAGAGACAGAGGCGGAGACUAGUGGCAGCCGGUGCCGGGCUGGCCACCUCUUUCUGUUUCAUUACCUUGGACUACAGGAGGAUGGACUUUGCUUGGUAACACUGUGCAGCCUUUUCCUAGAAAUGUUCCUUACCUUUGUAAAUAGAGGCUCCAAUGGGUGAUGUAACUUAAAAAGAAACCUUGAUCCCUCGCCUGAAUGUAGGGCCAAAGGGGUACCUAAAAGGAUACUGGGGAGUGAGGUGAAAGGCCAGCUAGCUUCAGCUGUAGCUCUGCCCUGUAGGAGCCUGAAUGCAAAAAUACCCAAAUGGGGGCUCACCUAGUUUUAAAGCCCUUGUGUGAGAUGAAAAUAAGCUAAAAAGAGGGUCAUUGGAGACCUUUGGGGUACAUUUGGACAAGGUUAAGUUCUCCUCACCAUUCACCAGACCCAACCCUCAGCUACCAGAGCCUGGGCCAUUGAGGGCCUCUUGCUAUAUCAGCAAGACCCAGUUUCAGAUGGGAAUACCCCAGCCUGCGCACUGGCAGAAAAGCACAGUUGUUACUCAUUGCCUAACUUAAUUCAGGCCGGCCAGAUUCUGGUAACUUUUGGGUGACCCUGAUAAGGACAAAGCCGCCACAGGUCUUUGUAUGGCAGAGUCCCAGGCCCAGCCAGCUGGCUGGGCAGCCUGCCUGCCUAAGGCACUCUGCCCAACUCAGAGGCCACCUUGCCCACUCAUCCUUCCUUACACUUUGCACCCCAAUAGGAAGAUUCACUCUCCCUUAAGCUCUGCCCACUUUAGGGGCUGCUUCAGAAGGUGGUGAGCGGGGAGAGCAUGGGAGGUUAGCAAAAGUCAGUGGCAGACAAAAGCUGACAUUACCUGCUGGGAAUAGGGGUGCUAGGGAUCGGAGCUAUAUUAACAAUUGUCAAGGACUCUCAAAUGUGGCAUGGCAAGUCACUUGAUUACACGUAUGUUAUUUAGUUUAAUUUGUGAAAAUUAUGAGAUGCUCACCAACCGGGUGAUAAACUUGCUCCCUUCCUAUUGGCUGGCCUGGUCACAUGGCCGCCCAACUUUAUUCAGUUGACAGCAAGUAGGAGGGCCCAAUGGAAGGAGAAAAAAAGACAACACGAGAAAAAUUAGUAUUUUCUACCUUCUGAAAUUAAUGGCCAUGAGUUCGUAUAUGGUGAACUCCAAGUAUGUGGACCCCAAAUUUCCUCCGUGCGAGGAAUAUUUGCAGAGUGGCUACCUAGGCGAGCAGGGUGCCGACUACUACAGUAGCGGGGCUCAGGGCACCGACUUCCAGCCCCCGGGGCUCUACCCACGGCCGGACUUCAGUGAGCAACCCUUCGGAGGUGGUGGUCCCGGACCUGGCUCAGCGCUUCCUGCGCGGGGCCACGGACAGGAGCCGAGCGGCCCUGGCAGUCACUACGGUGCCCCUGGAGAGCCGUGCCCAGCGCCCCCGCCUGCGCCCCUGCCUGGCGCCCGGGCCUGCAGCCAGCCCAGCGGCCCCAAGCAGCCACCCCCUGGGACGGCACUCAAGCAGCCCGCUGUGGUUUACCCCUGGAUGAAGAAGGUGCACGUGAAUUCGGUGAACCCCAACUACACCGGUGGGGAGCCCAAGCGUUCCCGGACGGCCUACACCCGACAGCAAGUCCUAGAACUGGAAAAGGAAUUUCAUUUUAACAGGUAUCUGACCAGGCGCCGUCGGAUUGAAAUCGCUCACACCCUGUGUCUGUCUGAGCGCCAGAUCAAGAUCUGGUUCCAGAAUCGGAGGAUGAAGUGGAAAAAAGACCACAAGCUGCCCAACACCAAGGGCAGAUCAUCGUCAUCCUCUUCCUCUUCCUCCUGCUCCUCCUCAGCUGCCCCAGGCCAACAUUUGCAGCCAAUGGCCAAGGACCACCAUACAGACCUGACGGCCUUAUAGAAGUGGGGACCCUGGGCCCAUUCCUCCCUGUACUCCAGGCUGAGCCAGAAGCUGCGGGGGCAGGCAGGGCCUGCUGUCACCUCAUUGGGCUCUAAGGUACUGUGGGGGUGGACCUGGGACCAGCAAGCCGACCUCAGACUAGGUUAGCAUCCUGCCUGAGGGCAGCCCCCUCCCUAGAGUGGGGAUGGGGUGGGAGGGAGGGUGGGAAUCUUUAAGUAUAUUACUGUUAUGACAGGAGCUACUGAGAACAUAAAACCUUGGUGAGUCAUUAAACUCAUGAAAAUCUUUGCUGUUGGAUUUCGAAUUUGCAAAUGAAGGUUGGAUGCUUUAUCUCAGUGUGAAUCUCUACCAUCUCCCCCACACCACCCCUCCAGGGAGCUGUGUGGCUUAGUAACUGUGGGGGAGUUAAGGCAGAAGGCCAGUCACCCAGUGCUAGGUGUUUUCAGUGGGAGCAAGAGAGCUGAGCCAGAAUCUCAGAACUUUCUGGGUUGUCUAUAGAAUGUCUAGUGUGAUAAAAAGAAAUGUUUUGCUCCCAGUGGCCCCAUGCCCAAAGAAAUAAAUCCAAGAAGGAAAUGGAAACGGGUUAUUUUAUGUUUAGGUUGUAUUUGCUUAAAUAUUUAUUUGUUGGGGAAAUGGGGCACAGAAAAUAACUGAUAUCUGCAUGCCAAAGGAUUGAGCUUCAGGGAGCUGAAUCAAAGAUGUGUGGACUCACUUCAGGCUCUAUCCAUAUUUUGAACUCCUCCCCCUUCCCCUCCCUGGAAAUAUGUGUAAGGAGGCCCUUAACCCUUCAAGAGAAAAGCCAAGCAUCCACUAAAAGUUGAGUUCUUAAAAAUGUGUUCCCACGUUUCAGCACUGUGCUUACAAGCAGUUCUGGGUGGUUGAAAGAAAGAGGAGUGUGUGUGUGUAAGGGGAACAAAUGGUCCAGCAUUUUUCUCUGGGGAAAGAAAACAAAACCUAUAUUCUCUGCGUUGUCAGAUAAUGACUGAAUUUUCUGUUCCAACUAGAUUCCAAAUGCCCCAAAGUACCCCACAUAGCAGUGUUUUACAGGACUCUGUAUGGCCUGUAUGGGGGAGGGGCGAUAGAGAGAAAGUGAGGAAGUCUCAUUUUAAGAAAGGGACUAGUGAAAUCUAGAAAUCCAUAUAAGUUGAUCUUAGGGUUUCCUUUGGAGUUUUAAUUUUUUUAAAGGAAUUUUUUCUCAAGACAUUAAUUAGAAGCAGAAAUUGCAAAAGUCUAAAAGUUUUCAGGCCCACUUCUUUGCCUUGAAAAUGGUGACUUGAAAGCAAUCUCUUUCAAGCAGCAGAAGAGAUGCUUAGUUUGGGGUUUUUUUGUUUGUUUGUUUGUUCCCUUAUUCCAUGCCUUGAAAGAGUUCAAAGCUCAUUUUCCUAAAAUGCUGACCCUUAAGGAUAAGAGAGAAAAGAGUCAAAGGUAAUGACUCGAGUUUCUGUACUCAAAUUAAACAAGUCAUUGAAAGUUCAAACCCCAAAGCUUUGGGCUACAAAAAGAAAUUCCUGAUUGCAGCUACCAAAAAGUAAGAAGGGGGGGGGGAUAAACAAUUCUAAGAUCCAUAUUGAAGUUAUUCUUUCAGUACUUCAGACCACUUUAGAAGACUUCAGGGGUCAUAUUUAAGUAGAGGAAGGAAAGUUCUCUUCUUUAGUUCUGUGUCUCCUGAGAGCUGAGGGCAGGUAUUCAUCUGGAGUCCCUAAGCUGAAACUGUUUCUCUAAAGUAUCUUCUAAGCCUUGGUCUUUUGUAGUAGACCCUGGGGAUAGCUCUUUGUUCCUCCUUGGGGUAAGCCUGGCUCUCAGACUUGCACAUGGCAAUACUUGAAUAUCGCCACGUCGGGAUAUUAAAGAUGGAUAUUCCUGCAUUAUUUGCAUCAUUGUUUCUAUGACAAAAAGCACAGAGUUCAUACAUAGUCAAGAUGUCUUUUUUCUGACGCCCUCACGUUGAGAAGCUGAAAAGGUAUUUUACUGAAGUUCGGCUAAAUUACAGAAUCAGGUUCAUCCAGAGGACAAAUUUUCUAUUCGAUUAGCUGUAUUUCAGCCGGGAGGACUGACCUCUAAACCCUUAACCUUUUGGACUCUAACUACCCUUCUUCCCCCCCUAACAUGGACAGCAGUCUUUGGAUAUAGCAUUUGAAAAGAGCCACUAUCCUUAGGCAAACUGGAAGGCUACUAAGCUUCUUUCCUAAAUCCCAAAUCUGAGCAUACAUUGAACCUUGUCCUUGGGAGGGGAAAAAGUAUAUAUUUUCACAAUAUUCAACUAUAUAGAUAUUAUGGAGAUUAUUAUAUAUAUAUAUUUUUUCUUCUCCCUAGAAGUUCUGGUUACUCAGCCAGCUUCAGACCAAAUAUCACUCUGCCUUUACUCCCUCCCCAAAGGAAAGCCAAGAAGCAUGUUUCCUGAAGGAAAUCCCAAAGUCUUCUUAAACAUAGCCCCACUACUUUGAAAAGUAACUUAAACAGAAACAACUUCUUAGUUUAUAAGUCUCUGCUCUUCCUCUCAGCUUUGAGGGGUUGCCUUUUGAAAUGUUAAUGGAGCUUGCAUAGCCCACAGAGCAGCUCCCAGACCUGGAGUCCCACUCGGACUGGUAUACAUUUGGGCCCGCAGGAGUGGACCAGCAAAGAGGCAACGCCCGC